CUGGAGAUAAAAAGAGUCGUUAUUAUCGAGUAUCUAGAAUUAAAUGGCGAGGCACACAUAUUAUGUCAUUUGCACUGGUGCUGCUGGGUUCUGGGCACAGGACAGCAGUGCUGCACAUCACAAGGGCUAGCUCACUGGGGCAGAUAAUAGCGUUCGGGCUCUGGGGGCAUCUCGGGGCGGGUCUGGUGGUGGGCUUCUGCAUGGCUUCAAAGACGUUAGCGUUGGUCUUGAGACAUCUACGAAGAUAUAGAUGGUGUUUGGUGGCUAGGAUCAGAAGGAAGGCAACGGAAAUAUCCACACGGUUUUGCGCUCUCGGUGGUAUACUGAUAAUUUACAUCCGAAAUGUUUCAUCAUCUAGAAGGCUGGGUGCCUGGGAAAAAAGGGGAAUGAGAGAGUUGGAAAUGUAACUUACGUUAUUUGGAGGCGGAUAGUGUCGCAUCCCUAAAACCGUCGAUGAAAGCUUGUCGGGAUGCGUCGAAACUAGCCAGCGCGGACAGACACAAGGGCUCC